AUGAUCUGCUGGCAAGGAAUAUUCGUCCACAUCCUCACUGUCCUCUCCUUCACUGGAGCCAGAUUCUUGAGCUCCAGCAAUGAGCUCAACCAACAAUACGACUUUAUCGUGGUUGGAGGUGGAACUGCUGGCAACGUGCUAGCUAAUCGACUUUCGCAAGAUGAAGGCACUUCGGUGUUGCUGAUUGAAGCCGGCGGGCAGAAUGACGCGCUUGAAUUAGAAGUCCCGUAUCUAUGGCCAGGCCUCCUUGGUUCUGCGUAUGAUUGGAAUUCUACCUCGACUCCACAGGCCGCUCUCGACGGUAGAACCAUUGGUAUCUCCAGAGGCUUUGUCCUGGGCGGAACAUCGUCAAUCAAUGCCAUGCUCUACACACGGGGAUCCUCGGACAACUACAAUAACAUUGCCACACUAGUAGGCGAUGAGGGCUGGAGCUGGAACAGUUUGCAGCCAUAUAUUCACGAGGAUGCCACACAAAUCGACACCAUUUCGGUCACACCACCCCAGUAUAUUCAACCCAUAGAUGAUAGGGUUAUUGAAACCACCGCAGUGAACAGCGAAUUCCCUUACAAUGCGGCCCCAAAUGCAGGGGACCAAGUAGGGAUGGGCUGGUCUGAAUCUACCAUCGACACGAACGGUAGACGCAUUAGCUCUGCGACCGCUUACCUUACCCCUGCUGUCGUCAACAGACCGAACCUCGACAUCUUGUUACACUCCCAAGUUACGCGCUUGCUAUCAACUGAUCCCACCGAUGCAACCAAAUUUACGGCAGUCGAAUUCGUGGAAAGCGUCAAUCGUGUUCCUGGUGCUGCCAGGGCGGUUUCUGCGACAAAGGAAAUCAUCCUUUCCGCGGGCACAUUUGGCACCCCUCCCAUUCUGCUCCACUCUGGUGUAGGUGACGCUGCCGACCUGACUCCCUUUGGCAUCACUCCUGUGCAUCAACUACCUUCCGUUGGAAAGAACUUGACGGACCAUCUACUCAUCGGCACUGCAUGGUUCGCCAACUCAACGGACACAUAUGAAACGGUGAAACGGAACGCGACCCUCCAGGCAGAACUUCUUGAGCAAUGGCAACAAACUGGCACUGGAGCCUACGUCAAUGCUGGAAUAGACCAUGUAGGCUGCAUAAGGAUCGCGCCUGAUUCAAGUAUCUUCCAAACCGUACCAGACCCAGCAGGACCCAACACUGGUCAUUUCGAGUUUUACAUCACGAAUGGCAACGUUUUCGGGCCUCCAGGGUUAGAAUCCGACAAUUUCAUCGCCGCUGAUCCCGCAGUUCUUUCACCCUUGUCUCGCGGCUCCCUCACAUUACUCUCGGCCGAUCCGCUCGCCGCCCCUUCCAUCGAUCCAGCCUACAUGACUCACCCAUGGGAUCUCUUCGUUAUUGGUGAAGCCGUUAGGUCUGCCCAACGAUUCUUCUCGUCUGCUCCGUGGAAUGGUUAUGUCCUUGGCCGUGCUGGAGACUUCGCAGCAUUGGAUAUCGACGACGACGAUGCACUUCAUGCCUUCCUCCGCGCCAACGUUGCCUCCGGACAACACCCAGUUGGCACGGCUUCAAUGUCUCCGAGAGGAGCUUCUUGGGGUGUUGUAGACCCAGACUUGAAGGUCAAGGGUCUCAACGGCCUGAGAAUUGUUGAUGCUUCAGUUAUCCCAUUGAUCCCUGCGGCGCACACCCAAGCAAUGGUGUACAUUUACGCAGAGCGUGCGGCGGACAUCAUUAAGGCAGAAGGUUCAACGUUGACGAUGUCGUCGUUGUGGGAUAAAGAUAUCGACUUCUCUCGCCUCUCGUCGUACCCAAAGCCGCCUUCUUUCCUUCCAGGGCGCCCGCCUUUCCCGACACGCUCACUUUUCCCCGUAUAUCCUCCGCCCAGUUCGUUGAUUACGCCUCCACCGGCCUUGCCAUCUCCACAAAGGAGCAUCUCACCCAGUUCCCCGUUUACUGUCUCGACCCAUAUCGUCCCUGCUGCAUGGUUGAGGAGUACCCCACAUGUCCCACUCCCCUCGGCGAAGGGCGAAAGUGCAGCAAAGGAGGAGAGAAAGAAGGCUGCGAAAGACAUGCUGGAUUUUCUGAACAAAGUCCGGGAUGAGACAGCCUCGUCCAGGCCCGAGGAAGGGCACAAGUGGGUCUUGUGGAACGCCGUCAAUCGUUACGUGAAGAAGGAACCUGUGAACCCGAAAGGCUUGACGCUCUUCUUCGUCCAUGCCAACGGAUUUAAUAAAGAGAUAUGGGAAACGGUGUUGCACGAAAUCUUCAGCUCCCCGAGGCACGAUAUUGCUGAAGUAUGGUCGUUCGAGGCAGUUCAGACAGGGGACUCGGCGCUGUUGAACAUGGGCAAGCUGGGGGCUAUCUAUGACUGGACGGACAAUGCCCGCGAUAUCCUUAACUUCCUGGUGUACUUCCUGCCAACCACCGCAUCUUCGGCACCCCUGCCAACUCACCUACCACAGGUAGCUGCAGCAGAGUCCGAAUCGCGUGAAAAAUUCGGCUUCAAGCACCGUACACUCAUUGGAGUCGGACAUUCGUUUGGGGGUUGUACUUCAACACUGGCGGCGCUUACAAACCCAUCAUUGUACUCGUCUCUCAUCCUCAUAGACCCCGUCAUCGUGGCACCGAUGUACUACGAAAAAGCCAAGGACACUCAUAUACAAGACUUGACCUUGGGCUCCCUUCUUAGACGCGAGCGUUGGCAGUCGAGAGAAGAAGCGAAAGCUACGAUGCUCAAGAACCCGUUCUUUGCUGCUUGGCACCCCAAUGUAUUGAAGUCAUACAUUGACCACGGGCUUUACGCGCAUACCCUCCCACCCGCACCCGGGAGCAACGACAAACCCACAGAACAAAUACUGCUCAAAAUGCCAGCGGUACAAGAAUCCGUUGCAUUCCUUGAGAGUAUCACCCCUUAUGAGGUUUGGGAGAGGUUGAAGGAUGUAGAUGAGAGGAUAUCUCUGUUUUGGAUUAUGCCUAAGCCGGAAAACACGAAGUUCGGUGGACCGCCUGAAGCUCAGAUGCGCGUCUGGCGCCGCAGAAAAAACGCGUCAAACACGAUUGUACACGAAGCUGGACACUUGAUACCUCAAGAAGCGCCUCGAGCAUGCGCCGAAGAAAUACUGGGGUUUUUGUCCAGACAAUAUCCCGAUCUGUCGUCGUCGGAGGAUGUCAAGGCAAAGUUGUAA